AUGAAUUAUUUUCACCCCCGCCUCACAGAAAAACACGAUGAACCACCACCACCAUUCCCUCCACUCAUCCCCGCCCCGCUGCUCGCCUCCAGCAGAUAUAACCGCCAACUCCUCCUCCCCCAACUCCGCCUCCGGGGCCAAGAACGCCUCCUCUCCUCCAAAGUGCUAAUCAUCGGCCUCGGCGGCCUCGGAUCCCCGGCGGCCCUGUACCUCGCCGGCGCGGGCAUCGGCACAUUGGGCCUCAUGGACAGCGACUGUGUGGAAGUCAGCAAUCUGCACCGCCAAAUCGCGCACACUGAAGACGCCGCCCGCGCGGGCCUGUCGAAAGUCCGUUCCGCAGCCGCGACGUGCAGGGCUCUCAACUCGGAGAUCCAGUACGUGUGUCACGACGAGCAGGCUAGUGGCGCCAACAUCCUCGCCACGGUGGCGCAGUACGAUGUCGUGCUCGACUGCACGGAUAACCCGGCGACGCGAUACUUGAUCUCCGAUGCGUGCGUGAUUCUAGGGAAAGUCCUGAUCAGUGGUGCCGCGCAGAGGGGCGAGGGCAUGCUCAUCGUGCUUAACUCGCCCCCUGCUGCUCCGCCUACGCCGGAUGUUGGUGCGGCUGCGGCUGCGAGUGCGGCUUCCGCCACGCAGGACAAAGGCCCGUGCUAUAGAUGCGUGUUCCCCCGUCCGCCGGCUCCCGAGACGGUGCGUUCGUGCAGCGAGAUCGGGAUACUGGGACCCGUGGUCGGCACGAUCGGGACGCUCAUGGCAGGGGAGGCUAUCAAGUUGAUUUCCGCGGGAAGGCAUCUCCCGCCGCCGCCGGCGGUGACACCGACAGCCCAGCGUGUGAACGGCAUCGCGAAUACUGAUGCGGUGGUGGACCCGCCGUCUAAACACAAGCACACUAUGCUCCUCUAUAAUACAUUUGCCACGGAUCCACGCAGCGUCUUCCGCACAAUCACCCUACGAGGCCGACGGGGGGACUGCCUGGCGUGCGGCGACGACGAGACUCUCGCGCAGAAGAAUCUAACGAGAAUCACGCCGGAGAUGGUGUCUCAGGGACGACUGGAUUACCGAGCUUUCUGCGGCGUUGCGGACGAUGUGAAGCUGCUGGGCGAGGAGAACCGCGUGAACGCAAGUGAGUUUCUAGAACAGCAUGCUCGGCAGCGUCGUGAUGGCAAGGCGCGGGAUGAGGAAAGGACAAGGGUAAAAGAGAGGAAGAGGCAAACCAUUGUCGUUGAUGUGCGUGAGGAGCAUGAGUUCGAAUUGGGAUCCAAGGUCAGCGGUAGUGUGAAUAUCCCCCUGUCGAGGAUUCUGAGGCACGGAGAUGCUGCGUUUGAUCAGCUUGGGCUUGAGUGUGGGAGCAGCGCUGGCGAUGGGGCAAAUCACCCCGAAAGAGUUGUUGAUCAGGAAUCGAAAUCCCAUGUCCCGACUGCAGGACAGGAGGUCGUGAACGGCCCUGAAUAUGAGACUGGUCCACAAGGCGGCCAGAUCAACAGGGAGCCAGAUAAUCCCGUCACAAAUGGUACCAACGUCAACUUCCCCACUGCUGGGGACGGGGACAGGAACAGCGGGAGUCUCGCGGCCUUGACGGAGAGCUCAGCGAUCGGUCCGGACGGAAGGAAGGUUAAUCGGGAAUCACACAUCCGCGCCCGGGCCAAGGACGAGUACAGCUAUCGUGGGAGCCAGCAUAAGCCGGAUAGAGGAAUGCUAAACCGCGAGGCCCAUGUUCCCGUGGCUGCGGCUACACGAAUCGCCUCUGAUACGAAUAGCGCCGGUGCAGGCUUAGACGGAGGGAUGCUCGAUGACGAGUCGCCCAUCCCCAUACCCAGCCACACGGCAACGCAGUCGACCUUUUUGAGCGCCGACUUCCCAACCAGACCCGCGGAGUCGGUGACGAGUGCGCACGAAAAUGUAGAUUACAGCAACCGUCCCGGCGACGACGAUCAUGACCACGACCGCGGCAAUGUCAGCGAUGACGACGAGCUUCCAGCCGUAUACUUCGUCUGCCAGCGCGGGAACGAUAGUCAGAUCGCGGCGCAGCAGUUGAUGACGAGAAUUCAGACUGUCCGAGAUGCUAGAGGAACGGACAGAGCUACAAGCACAGCGACACCUACAGCUACGGCCGUAGCAGAGACCAAGGCGCGAAGACAAAAGCUCCCAUGGAUAGGAGACAUAAAAGGCGGGUUCCUCGCCUUGGAACGGCACACGAACAGUUACGCCGGCGGCGGUAGUAGGAGUUGA